CCUUGAAAUUUUAUGGCUUUCCACUUUAUUUUAACGGCUCUCCGGAAUUCUGCCAAGGCGAAGUGCGAUGCAACGAAAAAUUAUAACGUAUCGUUCGCGGCAGCAUCAAACGAUUCGAUAACUUUGUUGCUGUUCAUAGUUUCGCGCACGGGCACAUUUCAUUCGAGUUUUCCUGCGUACAUGACGAAAUUGUUUCAGGGGGUGGAUGAUAGGAAUUUACUGAAAGUCCAAGAUAGAAGCCACUCAAAACACUGGAGAAAGACGGUGGAGCUUCGGAGGAGGGGGAGAUGUCUGCCGGCACCCAGGGCGAGAUUCGGGUUGGCCCUUCGCACCAGGAGUUGGUUUCUUGUCAGGCCCGUUUGCCUGAGUAUCGGCCGGGUAUACCUCCUGGAGAGCUGCUUCCUGACCCAGAGUUUUCUAAAGAACGAGAAGAGCUAAGAUGGAUUCCAGCUAUGGCAUUAGACGGGGAUCUUCUGAUGUACUUGAGAGCAGCUCGAUCUAUGGCUGCAUUUGCUGGCAUGUGUGAUGGAGGAUCCCCGGACGACGGUUGUGUGGCUGCAUCCCGAGACGACACGACUAUCAAUGCUCUGGACAUCUUGCACGAUUCUGGCUAUGAUCCUGGAAGAGCGUUGCAAGCUCUCGUUAAAUGUCCUGUACCUAAAGGCAUCGAUAAAAAAUGGUCCGAGGAAGAAACUAAACGCUUCGUCAAAGGACUUCGGCAAUUUGGAAAGAACUUUUCAAGAAUCCGAAAGGAUCUUUUGCCUCACAAAGACACGCCGGAACUGGUCGAGUUCUAUUACUUGUGGAAGAAAACGCCGGGCGCGAACAAUAAUCGACCCCACAGGCGGCGACGACAGGGUUCGCUCAGAAGGAUUCGUAACACACGGAACUCGAGAGCCGGCACCCCCAAGGAGGAGGUCCCAACUCCGCCGAAAGACACACCGCCGGCCAGUGUCAGUCAGAAGGAGCCGAUUUCCGAGCCCGAGAUCGUGCCCGUCGGAACACCCGCCAGCAACAAUCCUGGCGGCGAGAUUAGUUCUGUGACGGAGGACGACAACUCGGAGGAGGACAGCGAUUCCAGGGACACGAAUACCAACGGUGCAGCGCACUCCUGCCAGCAUUGCUUCUCCACCAACUCGAAGGACUAUCAGGUAGCCGGCAAGGACAGACUAUUGCUCUGUACGGAAUGCAGAAUACACCUCAAGAAAACCGGAGAACUACCGCCAGCCCCUCCGUACCUGUUCCGCCCUGUGCCUGCGGAAUCACCAGAUAGCCCAGGGAGAAUGCGUACAAGAAACAAGGCCAAGGAAACGCCUAGACCCGCCAGACCGAGACGUACAGGUGGAACCGAUACCCCGGACCAAGAGAAGCAACAGCAUCAUCAGCAGCAACAUCAGCAGCAGCAGCAGCAGCAGCAGCAGCAGCAGCAGCAACAACAGCAGCAGCAGCAGCAGCAGCAGCAGCAGCAACAGCAGCAACAGCAACAGCCACAGCAACAACAGACGCCCGACAAGAGCAAGAAAAAGUCUUCUGGCGGCGGGAAGCCAGAGACGCCGAAGAAGGGUCAGAAACGACCUCAAGCGGAUGAGGCGGACGAGGACAAGGAGUCUCAGAAACGGAAACGCGGCGAACGUCCUGAGAGUCCUUCCGAGUCGCUCACCACCGACAGUAAUUCUCUGAUGGAUGAGCCUGAAAGGGAAGGAGAAGGUGAUACGAACGAAAAUCAAUCCACUCCGGUUACAGUGCCUACCGAGGAGCCGGUAAGUCCGGCGGUGACUACCCCGGAGGAACCUUCGGAGCCGACGCCGGUGUCCACUCCCGUGCCAGCUCCCAUACAAACUCUACCGAUAUCCGUGCCCGUUAUACACACCUUGGAGAAGAAGCCUCUGUUGGAGGAACCGGCAGAAACGAAGGAUCAAAUAGAAGAUGUGCCGUUAGCUAUGAAUCAGCCGUUAAAAUUGGAACCUUUGCCGAUAGAAUCAGCCAUGUCUCCGUGUAACGAAGAUACCAAGGAACCCGAACCGCCGCAGCCGCAGCCGCAGCAGCAGCAGCAACAACAACAACAACAACAACAACAACAACAGCAGCAGCAACAACAGCAGCAACAGCAACAGCAGCAGCAACAACAACAGCAGCAACAGCAGCAGCAGCAACUCAAUUUGACCACGUCGCAACCGAUGAGCAUCAGCGACAUGAGUCAAAGCAUGCCGCGCAACUUGUCGCAACCGAUGCAAAGCAGCGGUAUCUGCGCGACCAGCGGACCUCAAACUAUUCAGAAUUCGCAAAUCAUGUCGCCGACGCAACAGGGCCUACCGUUGAACAUGCAGUACGCGUCGAAUGUUCCUCCCGUUCAGAAUGUACCGCAAAAUUUAUCGCAGAGCAUGCAGAUGCCGCCCAACAUGCCGCAAAACAUGUCGAACGCGCAAAACAUGGGACCAACGCAAAAUCUUCGAGCGCACGGCGAUAGUAUGUCGAACGGGCAAAAUCUGGGACAAAGCAUGGGCCAGAACAUGCCCCAAAACAUGCCGGGACCACCGUUGAAUUUGAACAUUUCGCAAAGCAUACCGACAAACAUGACGCAGAUGCCUCAGAUGCCGAGUUCGCCGCAACCUCUAGGCUUAACCGUAAUGUCUUCCGAGAGCCGGAUGUCCGAACGGAUCUCCGACGACAGACUUCCCCCGGAACGAAUGCGAGACAGCAGGAUCCCCGACAGGAUACCGGACAGGAUUUCGGAGCGGCCGGAGAACAACGAGUCCGAGAGGAACGAGCCGAGCAAUCUGUUCCAGCCGAUCCAACCGAGCGGAAUGCUGCCCAUGGAGAAACCGUCCUCCAUGUACAAUUUGGCGGGCACGCCGCCGAUGGAGCCGCAAAAUCUCAAGAUAAAACAGGAGAUAAUCCCGCCCGAGCCGGACCCGUUGCAGAGCCUGAAAGAAGUGAAAGUUCCCGGGUUUCAGUCCGGCUUCCCCGGUCCGAGUCUGGAGAACAUCAAGAAGGAUCCGGACAGCUCGAGCAAGCCUCCGACGCCCAGCAAGCAUUCGAUGGGCAACAAUCAAGCCGUUCCUCAGAUACAGUCCGUGGCCGCGUCGCCCACGCCGAGCCUGCCGCCGCCGCCGACGUCGAUUCCUCAGCCGGUGAUGCACCCGGCGCAACAACCGAGCCCGCACAUGGCUCAUCCGUUCCACCCUCACCACACGCUGAUGCAUCACUCGUU